AUGGACGAAGACAAACAAAAACCCAUGUCUCAUCGUGAAAUCAAUGAAGAAGAUAUCGAACUUACACUCUUUACUCAACCACCAUCUUCACCAUUACCGGUAUCUCACCACCACCAUCAUCAACAACAAGAUAUUAUAGAUAUAUUACCUUCACGUAUCCCUCCUGCGAGACCAAAAUCACGUGUUAUGCGAAGAACCAAGGGUCGUGACAAGAUGAAGAACACACCAAUAGUACCACCGUAUGAAUGGGCGACAAAUCAAAGAGCAAAUAUUCACACUCUUGAUUACCUUCUAUCACGUAACAUGAAACGUAUUUCAGGUGAUGUACAGUGCAAGAAAUGCAGUAAUGUUUUUAAUAUUGAGUUUGAUCUGGAAGCUAAGUUUAUGGAGAUUUCGCAGUAUAUUGCUGUACAUAAAGAAUCUUUACGUGAUCGAGCACCGGAACACUGGAUGAAUUCUAAGCUUCCUAGUUGUGGAAGUUGUAGUCAAGCAAAUAGUUUGAAGCCACUUCUUAAUCAAAAGAAGAAAGAAAUCAAUUGGCUUUUUUUGUUUCUAGGGCAAAUGAUUGGUUGUUGUAGUCUUGCACAACUUAAGUAUUAUUGCAAGUAUACGGACAAUCAUCGUACCGGUGCUAAAGAUCGUCUUGUUUUCCUUGCCUACUUAGGGAUAUGUCACCAGCUUCAACCUGCUGAUCCUACUUUUCGCCUUGGGCUAUAG